UGCAGGAGACACUCUGAACCGUCUGAACUUCAGCUGCAGCUCUUCUCCACUCUUUAACCCAAACAUGGCCAGAAACUCAGGAAGCAGCAGAUACAAUGAUGAGGAGCUGAGGAUAGUGAUGGUGGGGAAGACUGGGAUUGGGAAGAGUUCCACUGGAAACACCAUUCUGGGACGACAGUGCUUUGAAUCAAAGUUCAGUGGAACGUCGAUGACUGUAGACUGUUCCAAAGGCAGAGGUACGGUGGACGGGCAAAAGGUUGCUGUUAUCGACACCCCGGGCCUGUUUGACACCAGGUUUGGCAUGGAUAAAACAACUAAAGAUGUGACCCAGUGCAUCUCUUACACUGCUCCGGGACCCCAUGUGUUCCUGGUGGUCAUCAGGCUGGGCAGAUACACUGAAGAGGAAAAGCAGACAGUGCAGAGAAUUCAAGAACUCUUUGGCCAGGCUGCAGACAGAUACAGCAUGGUCCUCUUUACCCAUGGUGACCUUCUUGAAGACACCAUUGAGGACUUCUUGCAGGGUUGCUCAGACCUGCAGGAACUUGUGGACAAAUGUAAUGGCCAGUACCAUGUCUUCAAUAAUAAGCUGAAGGAUCGCUCUCAGGUCACUGAGCUACUCCAGAAGAUCAGAGAUGUAGUCCAGAGGAACGGAGGAAGCCACUACACUACUGAUAUGUUCCAAGAGGCAGAGAGGGCCAAGGAAGAGGAAAAACGACACAUCCUGAAAGAGAAAGAAGAGCAAAUAUGCAAAGAGAAAGAGAAAAUGGAGAGGAAACUACAACAACAAUAUGAAAAACAGAUGAAGAAAAUGAAUGACCAACUCCAGGCUGAGAGAGAGAGGGAGAGGAAAGAGAGACAGGAGGAAAUGAAGAGGGAGAGGGAGUGUAUGAAUGAGGAAAUGAAGAGGGAGAGGGAGUGGGAGAGAUGGAGGGAGAUGGGGGAAAGAGAAGCAAAGCAGAAGAGAGAGGAAGAGGUGACAAAGUUGCAUAUAGAAAAUCUGAGGAAAUGUCUCCAAGAACAGCGUGAGAGAGAGGUGGAAGAGGAGAGAGAACGGUUGAGACGACAAACAGUGCAGCGUGCUGAGAGUGAGGAAAAUUGUACAAUUCUCUGAUUUGGUUUUCCUGUUUGUCUUUGUAUUCGUCUGCUUCUUUGCUGCAGUGAAGUAAACAGUUUCAUCAUCUAUAUCAGGCUGGUCAUGCUUGUGGUCUUUCCUUCACCAUUGUGGCUGUAACCUUGCUGUUUUUCUGUGUUUAGAUUAUUUGGGGGGGACAAUCGACACGUGGGCAGAUUUGUCACAGAUCGAUUUCUGGUUAAUGUGGUUGUCUUCAUGUGUAUAGUAUAUCUUAUUCAAAUAAACUUGCCUUACAAUGUC